AUGCCGAACCAACCCGCGGCGUCUCACGGCGAGAUCGGCACAGCAGCAGCCGCAGCCGCGGCGACGGCAACAGCAGCGGCUGGCCCUGCAUGGCGACAGUUCUCCUUCUUCGACUCAUCGCCAGUCCGAGACGUUGAUGACUUUGCAAAAGCGCCGUCUGCUCUACGACAUCCGAACGAAGUAGCGGCGGUGUGUCAGUGUCCGGUUCGACCACCACCAUCCGCGUUCACCAGCAGCAUAGACUCGAGCACUGCGACUGCAUCCACCUCGGUCCAGUUCGACGCCGAUCCAUCAUCGUCGACGGAGAAGACCGCAAAGACGUCGAAAUCGACGCGGAAGCAACCUUGCACGCUCGUCGGUACGAUUCAAGGCAGAAUCAAAGUGCUCGACCCAGAAACGUUGCAGGAGCUGUCGUCGUGGGAUGCUUUCUCUUCAGCAGGUGUUGCCGGUAGAGUGACGCAUCUGUCGUGCGAUGCUCGUGGUAGAGUCGUGUCUUUAGGUGAGGAGGAUAGCUCUCGUUUCCCGAUUCUGAGGAUCUGGGACGUUCGCAACGGACGCAGUCCGGGUCGUCAGGACGCUGCAGCGUCUGAAACGAACGGAGCCUCGACGACAACGCAAAAGGUGGCCUGGAUGCCUCGGUUGUUGGCAGAAGGAAAAGUACAACAUGGAAGUCGACCUCAUCCGAUUGCAGCGGUGGCGCAUACCCCUUCGCUCUCUUACCUCUCGGUCGCUCUAGCAGAUGGGACCGUGCUGCUCAUUCGUGGACUCGAGUCUGCGCUCAUGUCGGCGGCGGGCAGUGCCGGGAUUGCUUCUGCGACGUCGCUUGCGAGACCAGCUGCUGCAAUCGUCCUACCCAAGUUCAAGGUGGUGUUUCAGCCCGCAGGCUCUGACACGGGCGCUCAUGAGCCGGUGACUGCGCUCGGCUUUUCGGAGGCUGCUGCGACGGUUGCCGCAGGCUCAACAGCGGCUAGUGACAAGGUCAAUAUUGCAACACCAGCAUACGAGCCUAGAGUCAUGCACGGAUCGAAAGGGCGCAAAGGUGCAGCUGGUCGAGCAAGAGACCCUCGCAACGCUGCCAACGCCAAUGCAACCGCUGCAACGCCAUCGGAUAGCACGGUGUCACCCUCAGCGAUCCACCUCUUCAUCGUGACACUCUCGCGCGUGCUACGAUACGUGGUCGUCGGCAAAGGUGCAGGUGGCAGCCCUGCUGUCCUCGACGACGUCGGCGGUGCGCUUGGCUGUGCAGCUGUCAUCCCACCUAGACCUGCGACCGUUGCUUCAGCAGCAGCUGGUGCCGUCGCAGCAGGAACGACGGCAGCGUCGAGCACGCUAGGCAGCGCUAGCUCGGCGGGCAAGAUGGUCAUCGCCCGCGACGAAGCCAUCUACGUGAUCGGUCAGGAAGGACGCGAGGCGUGCUUUGCCUAUGAGGGUCCUAAAUCUUCGAUCCACCUUUCGGCGUCGCAGGUAGUCAUUGUUUCCCCGCCCUACACCCCAUCCAACAAGUCGACAUCGUCCUCUGCUCGAAACCUGAUUGGUAAUCGCGAUUCCCCUCUGACAACACCCACAUCGCGCAAGGGCUCCAUGAUCCCCGCCGAGGUCGCCAAGAUCACGAUCUUUGAUUUGGACAACAAACUCGUGGCAUUCACGGGGACGUUUGAUUCCGGCAUUCGAGAGGCGUGGGUUGGAGCAGCCGGCGAGGUGCUCGUCUUGAGCGAUACAGGCGAGUUGACCCGGUUGAACGAGAAGCCGCUGCGAGCCAAGCUGGACGUUCUGUACCGCAAAAGUCUGUUCCUGUUGGCCGUCAACCUAGCUCGUUCGCAUAUGCAACGUGCAGCGAAUCCGGAUGUGCUCGCUCGAACAGAGGCGCUUAUGGGCGACAUCUACCAACGAUACGGCGACCAUCUCUACAACAAGGGAGAUUUCGACGGUGCCAUGGCGCAGUACGUCAAGACGAUCGGUCACACGCAGCCGUCCUUCGUGAUUCGUAGAUUCCUAGACGCGCAACGCAUCACAAAUCUGACCACCUACUUGCAGGAGCUGCAUGCGCAGAACCUGGCCAGUUCGGAUCACACGACGCUGCUGCUUAACUGCUACACCAAGUUGAAGGAUGUUGCUUCGCUCGACAAGUUCAUCAAGCGACCGCACGUCAAAGCGUCGACAGCGGCUGUGGACGAGGAGGGUGCGGACGAGGGAGGUGCUGAAGAUCGGGAUGAGCUGCCGUUCGAUUUAGAGACGGCGAUGCGCGUCUGUCGUCAAGCCGGGUACUUCGGUCACGCGGCUUACCUGGCGAAACGGUACGGCGAGCAUCGAGAGUACCUGCGCAUCCAGAUCGAGGAUGCAAAGGAUUACAGCGACGCUCUGCUGUACGUACGCGGGUUGGAGGCCGAGGAUGCGAUUGCGAGCAUGGCGCAGUAUGCAAAGACGUUGCUGGCCGAACUGCCGGACGAGACGACGGAGUUGUUGAUCGAGUUGUGCUCGGGUGCAUUCAGACCUGAUCCGGAUGCAGCUCAGAAGGCGCUGCGUGUGCAGCAGGAGGGAGAGGCGAAGAAGCAGCCGGCCAAAUCGGCUGCGGCGGCCUAUCUGAGCUAUCUGCAGGUGGGAGGUUUUGGCAAGACGCAAGCUGCGGACGGAGUUGCAGCCAGUGGUGCAGGUGGAGCAGGCUCUCGCGCAGGAACGAGUAGCAAUACGCCCGCGCAACGCAAUUCGACUGCAGCGAUCGCUGAUCCGUACAGCAUCGGCGGCGAUGCAAACAGUAAGUCAGGAACACGCCCGUCCAGCACCGUCAGAGGACUAGGCGAAGUGGACGCCGAUACUUCGCUGGCCGAUGCCGCAGAUGCGAGCGGCGUCACAGGCGUCGAUCCAGAGCAAGAAGACAAGAUGGAGGCAUAUCCGGUGCCUUCACCGCGAACCUACUUUGCGCACUUCAUCCAGCAUCCCAAUCACUUUAUUCGCUUCCUGGAGACUGUCGCGCUUGCACGAUGGGGUCAAGUCGUGGAUAUGGACGCCGAGCCAGCUGGCGACAAAUUGCUGUCUCCGGUGCAGGAGAAGAAGGCGCCAGCGUAUACGGAGAAUGGCGAUGGAGACGACGGGAUGGACGACGUUGAAAGGGCGCUUCGCGAGUUGGGCCUGGACGGCGAUGGUGAGGAUGGUUACGAAGACCAGGAGGUGCUCGACCAGAAGUCCAUCUGGAACACACUGCUCGAGCUGUACCUGUCGUCCACCUCUGGCACAUCGCAACGUAAAAAAGCCUUGCGAUUGCUGCAGCAGUACUCGACACUACCUUACGACAUGAGCCAUGCGGUGAUGCUUUGCUCGAUGGAAGGUUUCGACGAUGGUUUGAUCCUGCUGUACGAGCGGAUGGGUAUGUACGAGGACGUGGUCCGGCUGCAUAUGGAUUCGGCGCUCGUCGAUUCGGAGGGGUCCGGCAGCAGUGCCAAGGUGAUUUCGGCUUUGCAUCGAUAUGGACCACUUCGACCGGAACUGUACGAUCUGGUGCUACGAUUCCUCGUCUCGUCGCCCACUCUGCUGGAGACUCACACCUCGGACUUGCUCUCGAUACUAACCGUGAUCCGAGACACGUCACUCAUGUCGACGCUCGAGAUCAUCCAGACGCUCUCCUCGACCCCUCACACGCAAGUCGGUGUUAUACGCGAUUUUAUCAUCACGUCCAUCUCUUCCACCCUCACUUCCACAUCUCAAGACGCUUCGGCGAUCGCGGACUACAAACGUUCCACUGCAGAAACUCUCCAAGAGAUCUCGGAACUCACCGAUCCGAGCGCAAACAGGGUGUUCCAGAUGACGCGAUGCACAGCAUGUGGUGGACAACUCGAUCUUCCGAGCGUGCACUUCAUGUGUAAGCACAGCUAUCACCAGAGGUGUCUGGGCGAGGAGGAGGCGGAGUGCGGCGCAUGUGGUAUGCAUCAGAGGAGGGUCAGGGACGCUAGGAGGAGGCAGGCGGAGGACGCGGUGGAGGUGAUCAGGAACGAAGGGAAGGUGGAAGGAGGAGGUGAGGAUGGGUUUGACAGGUUGGCUGGGUUGUUUGGCUUGCCGAUUAUGGGUGAAGCUGCUGCUGCGCAGAUGUGA